GGGGGAGCUGGGGGUGGGACGGGCAGGAUGGAUGGAGGCAGGGAAAUGAGGACACAUAGAGGAGAGAACUGGAACUGCAGCCACCGAACCAGAUUGUUCGUCCACUGACCAACGGGGGACGACUCACGCCGGUUUCAUCGAGACGCGACAGCUCAGUCGUGUUCCAUCGUCCUGCCUCCAACACGUGCUACUGAACUGCAGACAUCAGAUCCUGAACCCAGACGAGAACAGAUCGUGGAUCAGAGGACAAAACGAGGAGAAAUGUGUAUUUUUGUUCACUUUGCUUCGCUGUUUACUAUUUCUAUUCGUCAUCAUGUCAUCGUUUUGGUUUUUACCUGCGCAGCCCGUCAUGCUUUUGUAAAGUUGUUUGCUGUUUUUACAUUUUUUAUAUUCCAUGAAAUCAGUGUUUGGUUGUGAUGAGGGAAUCGACCUUAACACCUCCACAACUUGACUUCUCCUCUAAUUUAUUACUAAAAACGUCUCCAGUUCGCCAGAGCAGCGAGUUUCAGGAGCGACGUCGUGCACAAACACUUUUCUAGAGCCGAUGAAGGCGAACUCCUCGACGUUUGUGAAUAAUCCUCAUGAACACUGAAUGUGUGUAACCUCUGCUUCAUAUGAUCUUUGUUCCUAUGCUGAUUUGUAAUUCUUGAACAGGUUAAGUAACAUGUUAUUUGUAGCUACCUUGGUGACACGUUUUCCGUGGCCGUGCAUAUUGAUUGUAUUUGAUGCAUAGUGCAUAGCGCCUCCUUACUCCUGUAGUCAAAGGCAGUAAAAUGCAUGUGUGGAUUUACAAUGAAAUGAUCUUCAUGGGUGUCUGAGUGUUUGUGCACUUUAUCCAUGUCAGUGGAAAGUAACCAGAGACGUGAAGCAGAACUUUACUUUGAAGUAUUUUAAACGUUCACUCUGUUACAUUCACAGUAACUGAGCAACAGCUUCAGUAUCUAGUUACUUUUCAGAUUAAAAGAUUUACAUUGAAAACCUGAGAUUUCUCUCCGUCCUGGAGGAGAAGGAUCCGUCCUCCAUCGCUCUUCUUUGUCUCUUACACUUCUUCAUGAUAACAGUGCUUUUGUUCUUUGUGGAUAAAUUAGAAGUGAGCAGCCACCACACUGAUAAUGAAUUCAAAGUAAUAAGAAACAACCACCUCUACAUGUCGUCUCUCUACAGCUGAAGUGAUUGGCUCAUUAACUGAUGACAGAACUGACUUUUUGAUUAAUCCUGAUAAAUUCACAGGUUCCUGCUUUCCGACUUAAAACCAGAUCUCAAACUGGUCCAGCUCCGCAUCAGGAGUCCAGCUCAGAACGAUGGUAACCCUUUAUAUCAAGUUGAUCCUAUAUUAGUCCCACGAUGGGGGAAACUGUAGAGUUGCAAGAGGACCUUCAAACAAUAGAGGUGGAUAAAAGUAAUAAGUUAGGAUUUAAAUUAAAGAAUAUAAACAGUACAACCUGAAUACCACCACUAUUGGUGACCAUUGGUUUCUUAUCGACAUGUAUGUGAAUCCUCAUGAAACACGUGAAUGUCAUUUAGAGUUCCAGCUGAUUGUUGCUCAUGAGUGACUGAAUCCUCUCUGUUCUCUGAACAUCUUCAUGUUCCUCUCCCUGAGCUUCAGACUUGGAUUCAUUGAAAUGCUCGUGUGCAGCUCCAGCCUGAAGCUUCUCAGAGUAACUGAGGGAAAACUAAUCAGAGGGGGGACCUGGGGCUGUGGGGCCCCUGGGGGCCCGGGUAUAAUCCUGCCCUGCUGAAAACUCUCGGGGUGGUAAAAUGAAGUCGGGGCCCGGGGCCCCUCUGUCUCUCUGGGCUGGAGCAGCGGAGCUCGUGGCUCCUGGGGGCCGCAGCAGCAGCAGCUAGCGACAGUUAGCUUUGUUUACAGCGGAGCCUCGACCCUCCCCCACCCGGCUCAGCAGCUCCUCCUCCACCGGCUAACCCGCUAGCUGCAGCCGCCUGCUGCUGGAAGAGCCGCCGCAAAUCCGCCUCCUCUGGAUUAACGUCGAAUUUAAACGGACCCGGUGGACGACCCGUCCAUUCCACCUCCGGUCACCGUCUUUGUGUGACGCUGCUGCGGCGGGUUAGCGACGCGAUGGCCAGCUAGCUGCUAGCUAACGAUCCGGUUAGCUCCAGGAGCCGGGGGCAGGAGCUCCGGCGACGGGCGUCUCAUUUCGGGCUGCUUCCCUUCGGAACCGUCGCUGGUGGAUCUGCGUGGGUUUGAUGGUACCGGGUCAUGCUGACUGAAGGGCCGCGUUUCCUCCGAGCGUAGCCGCGCAGCAGCAGCUUGGUGCCGCCCAGACGAAGUGGACUGUUUCGGUGGGAGCGGAGGAUGGCGUUUCACGGUGCGGGUCGGCAGACCGUGUGCGGGGACCUGUUUCCGGGCUCUGAGCUGGGCCACAAGUAUUUCUGUGUGAACUCCUCCUGCGGGGCCCCAUCCACGGGCCUCAGCGCCACGCCGUGCCUGACCGGACCCACCGCCCCGGCCGGGACCCCUCGUCACCCCACUGCUCUCGGAGGAAGCGCCGGCGGCGGAGCGGCGGUGCCUCAGCCCUACAGCAACCCGGCCAGCGAGGUGCCCAGCCCCGCAGAGAUGGAGCCCGACCGCCCCAUCGGUUAUGGCGCAUUUGGUGUCGUGUGGUCGGUGACCGAUCCCCGGGACGGUCGGAAAGUGGCUCUGAAGAAGAUGCCCAACGUCUUCCAGAACCUGGUGUCCUGUAAGAGGGUCUUCAGAGAGCUGCGGAUGUUGUGCUUCUUCAAACACGACAACGUUCUGUCGGCUCUGGAUAUUCUGCAGCCUCCGCAGAUCGACUGCUUCGAGGAAAUCUACGUGAUAACAGAGCUGAUGCAGAGCGACCUUCACAAAGUGAUCGUGUCUCCUCAGCCUCUCACCACCGACCACAUCAAGGUCUUCCUCUACCAGAUCCUCCGAGGUUUGAAGUAUCUGCACUCUGCUGGGAUCCUGCACAGAGACAUCAAACCUGGAAACCUGCUGGUCAACAGCAACUGUCUGCUCAAGAUUUGUGAUUUCGGGUUAGCUCGUGUGGAGGAGCCUGACCCGUCGCGUCACAUGACACAGGAGGUGGUGACUCAGUACUACCGAGCCCCCGAGGUGCUGAUGGGCUGCCGACACUAUGGCUCGGCCAUCGACGUCUGGUCGGUGGGCUGCAUCUUCGCAGAGCUGCUGGGACGACGUAUCCUCUUCCAGGCUCAGAGCCCGAUUCAGCAGCUGGACCUGAUCACCGACCUGCUGGGGACCCCCCCUCUGUCGGCCCUGGCGUCAGCCUGUGAAGGAGCCAGAGCUCACAUCUUGAGGGGGCCGCACAAACCGCCGUCGCUGUCGGUGCUCUACAUGCUGUCUGACGGAGCCACGCACGAGGCCGUGCACCUGCUCUGUCGCAUGUUGGUCUUUGAUCCGGCUAAAAGGAUUUCCGGCAGCGACGCCCUCUCCCACCCGUACCUGGACGAAGGGCGUCUGCGUUACCACACCUGCAUGUGUCAGUGCUGCUACUCGGUUCCCAGCGGACGAGUUUACACCCGAGACUUCGAGCCGGUCGCAGAGCGGCCGUUCAGCCACAGCUACGAGAACAGUCUGCUGUCGGUGUGGCAGGGAAAAG